AUGGAAGCCUGCGUUGACAGCAGGAAGCGGCUACGGGAUGAAUCCAAUGAUUCUCUCUUCAAUUUUAUCGGAUCCAACUCUAAGUUCGUCCGACUUGAUUCCGCUAACUUGGAUGUGGAUGAUGCGCCGAUUGCUUCCGUUUCAUCGGAUGCGAAAUCGAUCGAUUCGUUUCAGGCAAACUUAAUUCAGGAUGACCUGCUGAAGAUUCUCGACGACGUCGAUGCUUACAUAGAUCGCGAGUCGGAGAUUCAAGAUCUCGACUCGGUGAUUAGAAGCUUCGAGAAGGAAAUUCAGGUGCCGGUUCCUUCUGGUCAGCCCGAACUUGGCUUCCUUUUGGAAGCGUCGGACGAUGAAUUAGGGCUUCCGCCGGCUGGUGAGAAAGAGGAGACCGAGGCCGUUAACUUCGCGGCAGAGUUUUUAGGUAGCGGCGAUAUGAAAGGAAUUUUAGGGCUUGAGGAUGAAACUGUUCCGAAUUACUGUUGGCUUGAGAAUUUGAGGAGUGAGAACGAAUGGAAUCGAGAGGAGGAGGAAGAGGUGGUGGUGUUGGGUGGAUUGUUCGAUCAUACAGACGUGGCGACGGAAUUGGCGUAUCGAUCGGAGACCAUGCCUUGUUUAUAA